GUGCUCCGCCAGUGCCGUCCAGCCGCCUCUGCCCCUGCCGUUGACGCCCAGCCAUGGUGCUAAUCUGGGGCAGUACAGCAAAGGCUACUAUGCCCCCGGGUGUACUAGAACUCCCAGUCUCCUGGUGAUUGGCCUGAAAGUCAUCCAGACAGCUUUUAUGCCUAAGGCUCAGCUGUGGAAUUUCCAUUCGGGGGGCUCAUCUCAUCACCGGCACAAAGUUUUACCCCCCUUACAGCAAGUCUGGAACCUUUUACAUCUUGAGAAAAGGAAUUUCUCGGCCAAGCGGAACCCCCAGCUCAAGCGGCCCGGCCCCCCCAUGGAGCCCCCCGUGGUCCAGCCCAUCCCGCCGGUCCAGCACCCGGCCCACCCGGCCCACGGCGAAGAGAUGCCGGCGCCCAUGAAGAGGCGGAGGAGCACCAGUCCCGACCAGACCGGUGCUAACGGGGUGGGCCAGCACCUGUCCGGUCCCGGAGCCCCCGGCAAUCCCCACUACCAGCUGCCUAAGCCUGGACUAUGGAACCCCCUGCAUGGAGACCUCUGGGGCCAGGAGCGCAAGAACGUGGCCGCCCCAGACAGACAAGUAAGCACCCCGUCACUCUUGAAGUCUUUGGCCAAUGUGCUGGAGGGGCAGAAACACUCCUAUCGGCUGAAACCGAUGACGCCCCCAGGUGCUAAGAUCUCCCCCCCAGCCGGUGCGAGCCAGAGCCCCCUGCCCCAAUUCACUACCUCAGGCCAAGUGUGGGCCGGGGGCCCUGGUGGCGCCACGGAGGAGCGGGCCUCUACGCCCCCGCCCCUGCCCGCCCCUCGGCCCGUCAAGACCGAGUCGGAGGUCUUGGAGGAGAUCAGCCGCGCCUGCGAGACCCUGGUGGGACGAGCAGGGCGGGAGAAGAGCCCCCCGCCCCCUGCCAGCCCCCCACCCACCCCGGCCUCCCCUCCGCCCCCUCCUCUUCCAGCCCCCGUGCCCCCGGCGCCCUCGCCACUCACCCCUCCCCGCCCCAAGGACGAGUCCCGCAAGCAGCAUUUGGAGCACCGUCGGCACCGUCGCUCCAACCGGGACGGCUCGCGCAGACACCGGGACGGUAAAGCUCGCAAGGGAAAGAACCGGCAGAUCCUGGGCAGUUUGGACGUGCAGAGCGCCGAGGGGCAGGCCCGGGAGAAUGGGGCCAAGCCACCCCCGCCAACUCCGCCGCCUCCCCCGGAGCGGAGGUCUCCCGUCAAGAAGGAAGAGACUCCAGUGGGCUCGGUGUCCACCAUGGUGUGCUCGGCCGACCUGCUCAAGCUGCGGUCCUUCACAGAGGGUCCCCCCAAGGAGCUGAAGAUCCGGCUGAUCAAGGUGGAGAGCGGGGACAAGGAGACCUUCAUCGCCUCCGAAGUCGAGGAACGGCGCAUCCCCCUGAGCGAGCUGACCAUCAACCACUCGGCUGCCGAGGUCGUGCGGGCCAGCAAGCACGCCAAGGUGAAAGGGAAAUUUAAGGAGUCCUACCUGUCCCAAAGCCACUCGGUCAAGCCGCAGAUCAACGUGGACGAAAAACUGCCGCGGGAUAAGCUCAGCCCCCCAACGCCGAGCAUCUACUUGGAGAGCAAACGGGACGCGUUCUCCCCUGUGUUGCUGCAAUUCUGCACGGAUCCCAAGAACCCCAUCACCGUCAUCCGGGGUCUGGCUGGAUCUCUUCGACUCAAUUUGGGGCUGUUCAGCACGAAGACUCUGGUGGAGGCGAGCGGCGAGCACGCCGUGGAGGUCCGCACGCAAGUCCAGCAGCCGUCCGACGAGAACUGGGACCUCUCGGGCACCAAGCAGGUGUGGCCGUGCGAGAGCAGCCGGUCGCACACCACAAUCGCCAAGUACGCCCAGUACCAAGCGGCCUCGUUCCAGGAGUCGCUUCAGGAGGACAAAGAGACCGACGACGAGGAGGCCGAGGAACCGGACAGCACCACCGAGACGCCGCCCAGCAACCCGGAUCAGAAGCCCCACCAAAUAAUCAAGUUUGGAACCAACAUUGACCUCUCGGACACCAAGCGGUGGAAACCGCAGCUGCAGGAGUUACUGAAGCUGCCCGCCUUCAUGCGUGUCACGUCGACGGGGAACAUGUUGAGUCACGUGGGCCACACCAUCCUGGGCAUGAACACGGUGCAACUCUACAUGAAGGUCCCCGGCAGCCGUACCCCAGGUCACCAGGAGAACAAUAACUUCUGCUCCGUGAACAUCAACAUUGGACCCGGGGACUGCGAGUGGUUUGCCGUCCACGAACAUUACUGGCAGAACAUCAGCGCCUUCUGUGACAGGCACGGGGUAGAUUAUCUGACCGGGUCCUGGUGGCCCAUCUUAGAAGAUCUCUACCAAUCCAACAUCCCCGUCUACCGCUUCAUCCAGCGUCCGGGAGACCUGGUGUGGAUCAACGCUGGGACCGUACACUGGGUCCAGGCCACUGGAUGGUGCAAUAACAUCGCUUGGAACGUCGGUCCCCUGACAGCGUACCAGUACCAGCUGGCGCUCGAGCGCUACGAGUGGAAUGAGGUGAAGAACGUCAAGUCCAUCGUGCCCAUGAUCCACGUCUCCUGGAACGUCGCCCGCACGGUCAAGAUCAGCGACUCCGACUUGUACAAGAUGAUCAAGUACAGCCUGAUGCAGUCCAUCAAGCACGGCCAGGUCCAGCGGGAAAGCCUCGUCCGAUCCGGGAAGAAGAUUGCCUACCAGGGGCGGGUGAAGGACGAGCCGGCCUACUACUGCAACGAAUGCGACGUGGAGGUGUUCAACAUCCUCUUUGUGACGAGCGAGAACGGCAGCAAGAACAGCUACCUGGUGCACUGCGAGGCCUGUGCCCGGAAGCGGAAUUCCUCUCUGCACGGAGUCGUGGUGCUGGAGCAGUACAAGACGGAAGAAUUGAUCAGCAUCUACGACAGCUUCACCCUGGCUGCGGCGCCGAGUUCAAGAUGAGCCAUAUCAACCCCAGGCGCCGAUGUCUGGGCUCACUUUUCCCCGUGCUAGUUUCUCCCACUCCCACUGUGAGUGUCGGGGGGCAGAAGGUGCUGUAGCCCCCUUCUCUGCCUCCCCCCCCCUCCGGGAAAAAAAGAGCCGAGCCUCAGUUUCCCCUCCGUUGCUUCCUCGCAACCCGCCCUGAGCCGGAGCGACACGGAUCCGGCCGCAAGCUUUGUUUCCUCCCGACGAGGACCCUCCUUUUAAUUUA